UGGUCAGCUCGCUGAUUGAGAGUCUGUGACAGGCUAGCUACACUACUAGAUAGCAUGAAGAAGUCGAUACUCGCCCUGUGUUGCAACUUCUGGUGCCGCCAAGACCUCUAUAUAGCAGCAUUCGAAGAAAACAAGAGGAAGGCCACAGUCUCUGCGUCCACCACAGAUACCAACUUUGUGUUGUGUGGGAAUCUCAGUUCUUUGAUCACACUACUUGAACAAAUCUCAAGGAAAGAGAAAUAACAGAGAUCUCUAUUGUUUCUCCUCACUAGUUUUCUUUUGACCUGUCAUUUUAUUAUGGUCACUGUGAUGUGCAUGGACAUUAUUGGAGCACACACAAAUUUAUUCGAUGACAAGAAACA